AUGUACUUGGGUUUAGGUUUAGUUGUAUGUUUCACGUGCUUCAAUACGCAGUUCACUUUAGUACGUGGAAUUUUAGGAGGCGAAGAGAUCACUAUAAGACAGGCUCCUUACCAAGUCAACUACGGAGAUAUUUGUGGUGGAGUCCUCAUACACAGGCAAUGGGCUUUGACCACCGCUCACUGCGGAACAGAAGAAACCUUUAUAAGAGUUGGAAGCAAAUAUCGUCAGAAAUCUCGCAAAAUCAACAUAAUUUUACACAUAGUCCAUCCAAAUUUUGCCAAAAGACAUGAAUUUGACUUCGACGUUCAGUUGCUUAAAUUCAGAAAGUUGAGGUUUAGUAAAUUCGUUCAUCCGAUUGAAAUAAGCGAUGGCGAAUAUGGAGAUUACAUGUUUGUGACCGGUUGGGGGUUUACGAAAGAAAAAGGCCACUUCAACGACAUUCUCCGACGGGCUCAAGUGCAAAUCGUGCCAAAGCCAGAAUGCCAAACGGUACCACAACCCUGGUAUAACUACAGUCUGACUUCUAGAAUGUUCUGUGCUGAAGGAGAAGGAGAAGAUGCUUGUCAGGGUGACAGUGGCGGACCAGCCGUCUCCUUCGGCCGGCUAGUGGGCAUCUCUUCAUUCGGUUACGGCUGCGGUCGAGUUCCUGGUGUUUAUGUCAACGUGUCUGACCAGAAGAUUAAAAGGUGGCUGGAGAAGCAUGUCGUAUAG